UACUCGCAGCCCGGGUUGCGAAGAGGGUACGUUUUACAGCAUUUUAUAUUGUCUGAUCGCCAGUGUAUUUAUUUUAAUUUUUGUUGUUGGGACUGCCACGUUUUAAGGUCGUCACUUUCUGCGGUUUCCCAGUGUAUGAUGGUGGCUGAGUUACAGCGCCCCCUCGCGGCGGUUGCCUAUCUACUGCUGUGGCAUGCAGCAGGUGUCUUCUCCCUGCCAGACCCCAAGAAGAGGGAGGCGCUCAUCAAACUUGAGACGUCCCAGCAAAUUGGGGGGGAAAUUGUGCUAACGGACUUGGAGAAGCUUCUGGAUGCCCGGCUAUACAAAAUGAAGCAAGAUGAGAUGGCCAAAGCUCAUUUCCCCCCUGCCAUGCACUUCUUCCGGGCCAAAACUUUAAUCGAGCGCAGCCCCAUCUUUAGCUUGCUGCAGAAAAUGCCCAAAGGUGGAGCCUUGCAUGUCCACGACCUCGCCUUGGGGGACCCUGAAUGGCUAGUGAAGAAUGUGACAUAUCGGCCAAACUGCUAUAUGUGCGUCAGUGACAAACAGUCAGUCAGGUUCAUCUUCUCUUCAGGGCAGCCUAAGAGUGAGCCUCACUGCUCUUCCUGGAUCCUCUUGGAAACACUCAGAAACAAAGUCAUCAACGUCACAGAUUUAGACAGAAGCAUCCUGGCCAACUUAACUCUCUUCACUGAUGGUGAUCCCGAGGCCUUGUAUCCUGACCAGGGUGUGGUUUGGGAGAAGUUUGAUCUGAACUUCAUGGCUGUGAUGGGUCUACUCACAUAUGCUCCAGUGUUCAGAGACUAUUUCUAUCAUAGCCUCGGUCAAUUCUACAAGGAUAAUGUCAUGUAUGUGGAAGUGCGCACUUUACUUUUGCAGGUAUACGAGCUGGACGGCACCAUUCACGACUCAGCAUGGGUUCUGAAAACCUAUAGCGAUGUCACCAAACAAUUCAUAGCUGACCAUCCAGAUUUUUUUGGAAGCAGAUUCAUCGUUGUUGGCCACAGAACAAUGGAUGCAUCAGUGUUGAAGGGGAUAGUGCAAAAGGCAAUGCAGCUCCAGAGAGAUUUCCCAGACUUGAUGGUGGGCUUUGAUUUGGUCGGUCGCGAAGAUGCCGGAAAGCCGCUUUGGUAUUUCCGAGAUGCCUUGUCGCUACCUGCAGAGAUGGGCGUGACACUUCCCUACUUUUUCCACGCUGGAGAAACAAAUCUGGAGGGCACGGAUGUGGACCAGAACUUGCUUGAUGCCAUUUUGUUUAAUACUUCACGCAUCGGCCAUGGGUUUGCUCUGAAUCGUCACCCUUUGGCUCGAGAACUGUCCAGGAAGAGAGGUGUGGCUGUGGAAGUGUGCCCCAUAUCCAACCAGGUAUUGAAGCUGGUAAAUGACCUACGAAACCACCCGGCGGCGGCACUGAUGUCCCAGAACCACCCGAUGGUCAUCAGUUCAGACGACCCGGCCAUGUUCGGUUCCUCCGGUCUCUCCUACGACUUUUAUGAAGCCUUCGUGGGCUUCGGGGGCAACGGCUCCCAUUUGGGCACUCUCAAGCAAUUGGCCAUCAACUCUAUUCUGUACAGCUCACUCAGCCCAGAACUGCAGAACAAAGCUUUGGGUUUGUGGCAGAUGAAAUGGGACAAGUUUGUUUCUGAAAAUGUUUUCCAAACACAAAAGUGUGAUUCUGGCAAAUUUUGGGGUCUUAUCUCAGCAUGUGUUCUUUGAGGAGACUAUACUGCUGUUCUGUGAGCAGGAACGUGGGGCUUUACCGCUCACGCUUUUGUGUGGACAAAAGGCACCGUUGUUUUUUACUUGAAUUUUCACUUUGUAAUGGUGUUCUUUGGGUUUGUUUAAGUGUGCAAUGCAGCAUGCUUUCUUUUGCCAUCGCCAUAGGAAAAACUAUUUUUAAACAUUUCAUAUGCAUUUCGGUCACAACAAAUUGUGUUUAUAACUAGUGGAACAUUUCGGCCCAAGAUCAAAUUUUCAAAAGUGUACAGUAAAUGUCACACUGAGUCUUUUCUGAAAAUCAAUUUUCAAGUUUCCAAUUGGCUAUAAUGAUGACUUCAGAGUGUGAGGUUAUAGUACCUCCUUUUGUUUUGUCACUAUAAAUGUAGAUUUUUAUUGAAGAGGCUCUCAAGACCCCAAAAGUAAGGUGAACAUGUUUUUAACUGUGGAUCAUGUAGUCGUGUGUGUGCUUUGCUUGUGUUUUAUGACGUGGCUCAGGAAAUGCUCUCUGACAAUGCGUAUUCUUAAACUGUCCUGUUUCUAUAAGAAGAGCGGUUUUGUCGCAUUGACUGUGAAAAUUGUCAAAAACUCUCACUAAAACGUUGCAUAUUUAAAA